GCUGGUUUGACAAAUGUUAUUAUUGUAGUGCGUUUUCAGUGUGGUGUUGAUUGAAUAUUAUUGUUGUUUUCCGGUUAUUUUCAUAAUCUAUUACUUGAUAAUACAAUGAUAGGUAUAGAAUUGUGAUAGUACUUUCGACGUAAGAGUACAAGGAACCAUUUGAAAUGGUUGAACUGAGUCGGUGACAGUGAAAGGUAUUAAUAAUUAUACUUAUUGUUUAAUGGGUUGUGCUGUGUCGUGUGUCAACCGAGCGACAAUGUCGUUGUUUGGUAGGCACAAUAAUGAUAGUGACGCACGAGCUGUACUAGAGAGGAAACUGUACAUUGCCAAAGAAUCUCCUGAGCCUGAUUUUGAUUUGUCGGAGUGUCAGCUACGACAAGUGCCGUCCGGGACAUAUUCAAUAUGCAAAGUCUAUAGAAAAGAGCACUUAUAUUUGCACAAUAAUAAAUUACAAUCCCUAGAGGAAGGAGGUCAAUUGUCUGACUUGUACCUAAUUAAGGUGAUUAAUUUAAGCAGUAAUAGAUUUUCGUACCUCCCCAAUGAUAUAAGGUAUUUAGUAAACCUGACUGAGCUUUACAUUCAAAAUAACCACAUUAAGACCCUACCUGAAACUAUACAGUAUAUGCAAUCUUUGAGAAUUAUAGAUGUAUCAGACAAUAAACUUAAUAAUUUGACACCAUCAAUAAGUAAAUUAAAAAAUUUAAGAAAGCUGAACCUCACUCAGAACCCUGAUUUGAAUGAACUCUGUCCAGAAUUAUGUCUAGCAACUAAUCUCACAACACUGGAGAUAGAUGGUGAUCAAUUUAUGUUCCCACCAUCAGACAUAGCUACUCAGGAUACUGUUACUAUUAUAAAAUAUUUAUGUGAAAAAUUAAAUAUAGAAUACUGUCCUCCACUAUCAACGGAGGCUGAUCUAGCUACUGUUCAAACACCAACCACAGUUCUGGAUCCAUUUGUUAGGCGCAAUACUCAAACUUGGGAAGAGCAGGAAGCUUCCAUAAUAGAACAAGAAAACCGGUUACAUAAGGCAGCAAAGGAACAAAGAGAGAGGUUUUUGAACAAAGUAUUGCAGGAACAAAUAGAACUGGACAGUGAGAUAGCUAAAGUUCACUCAGUUAGAGAAAAUGAUCGCCAAAAACUAAUAAAAGCCAUACAAGAGGAAGAAAAAGAAAUUACAUGCUUAGUGAACAAUUUCAUACAGUCUGACAAUCUUAAGCCAGAAAUCAUCCAACAACAACUUGCCUAUGAACAAUCAGAACAUGACAGGCUACUUGAGAUUACUCGACAAAACUAUGAUAACAUCAAGAAGGUUGAUGUAUUGAGGGCUAUGGAAAUGCUAAUUGAAGAAGAUUAUACUGUUAAACAUUCCAAGAAAUACUAUGAAGAUUCUCUUAAUAAUAUGAAACAAAACAUGCUCAUUCAAGAUUUAGAAGUAAGUGAAAAAUUAACAGAGUUACUGAAUGCUAAAGACCAAUCACGCACAACAUUGGUAGAACAACUACUAGAAGAUCAAGAUAUUCAGAAAGCUAUUGUUGCUUCCCUUUUAGAAAAAGUUGACUCAAGGACAUGGAGUCUGAACCAAGAAAUAUCACUGAUAUCUUCACAUUUGGCUCGCCUCAGUGUUAUUGAACAAGAAAAGAAAAAAUUACAAAUAGCUUAUAAUUACAAUGAAUUACUUCAACAAAGGGUCCAACUAGUCAAUUUACUAGAUGACCUUUUUGGUCAACAGAACAAAAGAAGAAAACAAUUGGUUGAAACAUUAAGAGAAAUGGAAACUGAAACUAAUAAAUCAAAUGACUUUUGGUUGAAAAAUUAUCAAAGGUUAAUUGACUCUGCCCCUAGAUCUUUACUGAAUGUAGGUAAAAGUUUGGACCCAGCCCUGGCAAAUUACCUUUUACAGGAAGGUGUUAUACACUGUCUCCCAUUCUUAGUCAAAUUUCUAUUCUCUGAUGAACCUUUAGUAAGCAUUACUAAAGAGGAUCUGAAAUUGAGUGGAGUCUCAUUGUCUUCGGACCGAGAAGGAAUUAUUAGGGCAAUCAAUUCUUAUGUAGGGGCAAAAUGUGAGAACCACAACUUUGAAGCAUCUACUUCAGUAACACCAAGUGCCCCAGCUGAAGAGAGUGUGGAUGAACAGAAGUUUACAGGUGUAGUCACUAUGAAUUCAGAUGUUUCUGUGAUGGAGGCAGAGUGUGUGAUUUGCAUGGAUGCUCAGAGUGAGGUGGUGUUUGUACCUUGUGGACACAUGUGUUGCUGUCAGUCAUGCUCAAACAAGGAAAUGGAUAGUUGUCCUAUGUGCAGGAGCAGCAUUGAGAGGAUAAUCAAAGUUAUGAUUGCAUGAACAUUUAAAAAGGUGGUGUUGGAGUUAAGAAGCUUUUAUGCAGAUACAUAUAGUUAAUAUCCCUACUUCUCAUCACCAAGUGUGAACCUUGAUACAGUUUAUUUGUUAGUUAAAUGCACAACCAAACACAAAGAUUUUAGUAGAACACUUCUUCAAUAAUUAAAGGAUUAUUUUUAUCUAUCCAAUCGAAAACCGAUAAAUUUGCUUGAAAGCAAUGUACAUUUUUGUCUAUUUUAGGAUCUACUUUGUAUAUUGAUCGCUCAACUAUAGGCCACUUUAAAAUCUGUUAAACAAAUUCAUAAAAUGUUACUUUACCACUCAGCUGUACGAGUUUGUUCUUAGAUAAUUCCUUUUGUUUACUUUGUGCUUGCUUCACUUAUUCUGUGUGCAUUUUUAAAUCGUUAAGUACUGUAAUGUUAAUUAAAUAUAGUUUAUCUUAUAAAGAAGACUGGAUACAUAACAUGCCUGUGUGUAAAACUUUUUAAAAUGUACCUAGGUAAGAGUAAUCAUCGUAAUUUUGUUCACAAUUUUAUUUACAUAUUUGGGUGUUUUCAUUAAAUCGUGUUUUAAAUUGAAAUUGUUAAUCUUGUUAAUUAGAAUUUAAGAAACUGUGUCUUGAUAUUUUAACAGAAUUGUAAAGAGAGUCAAUCUAAGAGAUUGUGCCUUCUAGAUAAUGUUAAAUUUUCCAUCAUUGCCAUCACUAUACUAGCAGUUCAUGAAAUGAACUUAUUUAAACAUUAUUGCUUUUAUGUUAAAAAUAAAAAAGGAGCAAGGGCUGUGCCAAGAGGAUCGUGAAAUAAAAUUAGUAUAGUAUUUAGGUUUGUCCAUAAACGCUCAUUUAUUCGUAGAUACACUAAGUCAUAUUCAUUAUAUUUAUCGUAGGUAUUUAAGAUGCUUUCGGUAUUUCUAAAUUAGUAUUUUUUUUAAUAUUCUGUAUUUAUUUACAAUAUCUUUAUUUUGUGUUGCCAUAUAGGAAAACAAUAUAUUAUUCUUUAGUUUUUAAACUGUGUUGUGUUCUUUGUUACGAAAUGAGGCCGUGGAAAAUUUGUAACAUAUAACAGGUAGAUUUAAACCCUUCCAAUAAGCAGUAAAGACUAAUAAAUAUAUUAUUCUAAUGUAAGGAGCAUACGAUAAGUAAAUAGAAGAAAAAAUCAUUACCAUGUGUCAAGUUCAUCCAUUGAAAUUAUACUAUAGAGAGGACAACUUGUUCUCACAAGUAUUCUCUUGUUUGGUAAUAAUACAUAAAUCUUGUAAAUUAAUAUGAUGAACUGAAAGCGGGAGUAUUGUUUAAAAUAAAUUGGAACAAAUUAAGACUACAUAUUGCAAUAAAAUAUUAGGUAAGGUUUGUUAUAAUGCACAAAUAUUCGAAGACUAGUAUUUGUAUUAUCUUUGUUGUUAUUUAAUUAUUUAUUUCCGAACAAGGCAAUGUGAUACUCGUUCAAUAUAUUUUCUGUGAUACGGUUUGCGUGAAGAUGAUGUUUAACCUGUUUAAAUGCUACCUUUUAUUAUGUACCUACUAUGUACAACCGAGUUCAGUAAUAUAUUGGCUCUGUCAAGGAUUCAAAAUAUUGUGAGCUUUGGUAAGCUUAAUAAACUCUAUAGGGACUCAGUACACAGUACAGUUAACCUGCUAACUAAACUUGGCCACAAAGUAGUGAUUUCUGUUACUAUCACAAUAUUAUGAACUUUUUUGACGUUCAAAUAACGCUUAUUGUUGCCUUAAAUUGGUAAUUUGUUGAUGAACUCGACUUUAUUAAGACAUCUUUUUAUAUGUGAGGAAGUAAUAAGCUAUACGUGGAUGGUUUAUGGUAAAGGCCAGCGUGCCCAAUGGCAGGAGUAUAUUGAAGUUAUUUACAUUCGAAGCGCCGAGAGGGUUUAAAAGUGGAAUCCAAGACUGUUACUACGCUACGAAAUUGUUACCAAAGUAUCCCAAA